CUCAUCCAGAGCCAAAGCGUCAGAGCACACAGAGCCAAUGGCUUGACCAUCAGGCAUGUGGAGACCAACAAUUGCAGUGUUCACAGGUUCAACACCAUGAAGAUCCAGUUUACAGCACAAAUGAUGAUUGGCCCUGCCCACAAGCUGAAUGGUUCAGGAUUCAGGCACAUCAUCCAGAUCAAAAGCUUCAUUGUCUGCAGGGCCAAUGGCUGAACCAUCAGCCACAUUGCUCGCAUCAAGAACUUCACCCUCAUCAAGGCCAAUGGAUGGACUGUCUUGCACAUUACCCAGACCAAGAACUUCAGUGUCAGCAGGGUCAGUGGCUUCACUACCAAAGAGAUCAUCUGGGCCAACAUUGGCCACACCCAAAGGACAAACAGCCUGGCUUUAAGUCACACCAUUCUGAUCAAGAACUGCAGGUUCAACAGAGACAAUCCGCUAACUGUCUCCAAGGCAGUGAGCAGCAGCUUCGGCAGGUUCAGUCCCUUGAUCAUGUAGACCAGCAAGAGGUUGAUCAGCCUGAUCAUCAGGUCCAUUUUUCAGAUCAACAAGGUCAGGAGCCUACUAUUCCAUCAGAUCUAGAUGAAGAAGAGCAAAGCCAUCAAGCCAGCCAGCAGCAGCAGAGUCAACAAGCUGACCAUCAAAGUCACCUCGAUCAAACAUGCCAGGGCCAAAAGCCUGACCCUCAGACAGAUCAACAAAACCAAGAGCAGCAGGGCCAAUGCCUCAACCACCAGAAGUGUAAUGCAGAGAAAAGCACACAGCUAUCUAAGCUCAGCUCGCAAAACUUGAAUCACCAGAAGGAUCAACCUUGUAGCAAAACCCAACAGCAAACAAAAUUGCCACCACGGACACACGUGUGCCGACGAUCGCGGCACCACCAAACACGUGGCCAUUGCUCGCAUUCAAAGCUACCGAAAGAGCAUCUUUUACAGUUAAGUGUGAAGUUAGGGGAGCAUUUGCCAGGCAUGCUACAGAACAAACAGAAGCCAGCUUCUGAAAAGGAGCUACCCUCACCUGUGCAAACCAGACAACACAGAAGGAAACGGGUCUCGCACAAUUCAGCCAAUGAGAAACACCUCUUUUCAGAUAACGUUUUUGGUCCAGACAUUAAGCUCCACAAAGAGCAAAGGACAGAGGUCAUCUUGACCUCCCAAGAUACUUCAAAGGAAACGGCUGCAAAGAAAAAGCAGUUGGCCCAAUUAUUGCAAAUGGUAGCAAGCCAUACUUCUCAUCUCCUGAAGGGACACGUGGCCCAAAACAACUAAUGAAGAAGAAUAUAUCACCAAUGGGCAAACAACAGGAAUGACUCAAAGCCCAGACCAGCCUGAAGCCCAAACUAUUUACAGACUGAAGGCUCAACUCCCAGCAUUUGGUUACUGUUCACACAAGUUAGACUCCCAAAAAUCCUGUUUCUCAGUAUACAACAACAAUAUACAACUACA